UCGACCAAUCUGCGCUUGAGAAUUCUACAAGUUAUGGUAAAAUUGUUUAAUAACAAUUGCGAACGGUUCAUUAAGUUUUAUGUCCUCAAAGUCAUAAAAUGUUCAAAACUUUAUAAGUGGCACACUCUUAUUAGCCAAUCAGAGCUCAAGUGGGAUAAAAAUAGAACGUUCCCGGGGAAUUUUGUGACGGAGUCAUUAUCGACUGACUGGAUUCCCGGAAACGUUAGGCCCAUUUGACUUGUGUUGAUCKUGUGAUGUUUGGCGUUAAUACUCAGCUAUUAUUCGUAACCAUAUUCAUGCGAAUUCGUGCAUAAGAUCUCUGUGAYCGCAGCCAGAGAAACAACAACAGCAACGGAACACACUAGACAUGGCAGUCUCUGCAGUCUUGAAGAACAGCAUCCGAUGGCUAUGGACUUCCAUAGGAUUAAUUCCCCCGCUUUACCUCGGUUUCCAGCUUUUCCGCUUUGUUGCACUGAUCAUGUUUACAAUAUUCAUGGUCGAUUGUACCGUGUACCACUCUGAAACCAGUGUAGAUUGUAAGAACUUUACAAGGUACACUAAAGUCAACACACCUGGAUGUGAUGCAUACUGCUGGAAGGGAUUGUGGAUAAUUUGUUCCAUUAUAACAUCUGGAAUUGCACUCUGCUUCCUCACUGUUCCUAACAAACUAACUGAGCAGCUACGGCCAGCCUCCAGUAUCAAAGUMAUGCAAACAUUGUUGGUUAAACCAUACUUCUGGUAUAUGAACAUGAUCUUCAUCUUAGUCAUGCUUUACGAUGCCUUAAUCGAGACYCAAAAUCUUGCAAAGGGUUCCUCAGCUGUUGAAGGUUGUGUGAUAAUGUCAAAGUUUUUGACACUGUGUUUGAUUUUUCAAUUGAACUUUACAUAUCCGCCAUAUCGACCAGAGUACUCUUGGGUUACCAUCAGCUUGUAUCACGUGACGCUUGUCAUGUUCCUUUUGGAUAACCUGUGCAAGUUUGUUGAAUUGUCCAUUUGGGUUUCUUAUAAAUUGUACGCCAUAAACCCAGACAACCACAGGCAAGCGGUGCAGGUUUUACUAUUUCAGGUUAUUGAUCUAUCUCUUUAUCACAGCUUUUUGUCGUUCUUCUGGAGCAAAAUAUUUCGUGGUAAAAAGGAUGUGUUGAUGGUAUAUACGCCAGACCUUGCUCAAUCUGUGCUUGGGAUUCAACAUCAACAACACACAUAUCAACCCAUGUUGCAGAGUUCUCAAGAUUUUACUGAAACAGGCCCAUAGGCUGCAUCCAGACCAGGGGGGGCUCGUUACUCAGUCGGACCACAACGAUGUGACAGUGACCCUAUAAUAGAGGAUUCACAUGGCGCACGGA